GUCAACACCAGGUAAAUAGGACCUCUAAUAUGACCUACCCUGCUGAGACUAGUUAACAGGCUAGACUGGGAAAUAAUAUGCAAACUCAUUUCUUCUCUCUUAUCAGAAGAGAUCAGUUCCCAAAGUGACAUAGAUAUUGUUGGUGUAGGUGAUACCUUUAACCAUGACAUCACUUUAAACCCCUGGGCAACACUUACACCCUUGGGAGUGUAUUGCUGCUAAAGGAAACCACUUGAGCUGGAAGUCCGAGACUUUCUCUAUAUUGAAAUUCCUUCCGCUCAAGGGAGCAAAGCCGAUGGGUUCAAUCAAGAAUCUCUUAUUUUUACCAGCUUGCAGUCAGGAGCACUGAAGUGACUUUUUUCCUUAUCCUUGUUUGUUCCUCCCCCUUCCUUUCACUUGACACCUGUCCCUACCUUUGGAAGAUGAGAUAAGCAGAGGACUCUGUCCCUGUAAGAGACGAGGAGCAGAAUAUGCCUACACGAAGAGGGCCAGAGCAAGAAUCAAACCUCUCCUGGGCAGGCUGGUGUGGGAGAGCUCCUUUGCUGCAGGUUGCUUUCUGGAGUGCUGUCAGUGGGGUUUUGCCACUGUAGUGAGGAUAAUUGGAAGCAGGUUUAUCUUCUUUUUUUUUCUUUUUUUCUUUUUUUUUUUUUUUUUUUUUUGGAGUCACCAUGCUGCAGCAAAUUUUGCAUGAUAUGUAUAUUGACCCUGAACUCCUGGCAGAGCUGAAUGAAGAGCAAAAGCAGAUCUUGUUCUACAAAAUGAGAGAAGAGCAGCUGAGGCGCUGGAAGGAAAGGGAAGAAAAAGCACGAAUGGAGGAGGCUGUGCUGAGAAAGACAGCGAGGCGCAAACAGAGUAAUGGCAAACAUGUGCAGUGGCUACGUGGGAAGGACGGUGAGGUCUGGGUCUGGGUUAUGGGAGAAGCCCCAGGUGACAAGCCAUAUGAACAGAUAUCAGAGGAGCUAAUAGCAGAGCGAGCCAGGCAACAAGCACAGAAGGAGGCAGAAGAACUAUGGAGACAAAAGGAGGCUGAAAUUACAAAGAAAUUCCGGGAUGCUAUGGCUCAAGAAAAAGCCAGAAUAGUGGCAGAAAAAUGGAAAAUAGAAAUAGAAGAUCGGAAAGCUGCCAAAUUGGAGGAGGAAAAAAUUCAGGAGGAACUGAAGAAAAGAGAAGAAGAGGAAAGACAAAAGGGUGAAGAACAAAUAAGGCAGCAGGAAGAAAUCCGAGCAAAAGAGUUGUAUCUGAGCCUCAAGCAAGCUCAGCAGCAUAGUCAACACAGUGAUGAUGACCAGGAGUGGGAAGAACAGUUGCGCCGCUCCAAAGCUGCAGAUGAGGAAAGGAGCCACAAAGCACGCAGGGCCCGGGAUGAAUACCGACGACAAUCCUUGCGUGCCAUCCAGAAGGGAAGAGUGGCUGGCCUGAGUAAUUUGUUCCAGGGGACAAGCCUGAAUAAUGAUCAGGAGAUAAAACUGAACAACAAUAGUGCAAGUCCUUUGCUGUCUCUCUCUGCAGCAUCCAGUAACAUCUGGGAGCGUCCUUCUAGGCCCUUUUCCCGAGAUGUCAUCAUUCGCUGGUUCAAAGAAGAGCAGAUCCCUCGACGUGCUGGGUUUGAGAGGAACACAAACAGGAUUGCUCAAUGGUUUCAUGGUAUUAUCAGCCGCCAGGAGGCAGAAGAGUUGUUGAUGAAUAAAUCUGAAGGAACCUUCCUGGUGCGAGUCAGUGAGAAAAUCUGGGGCUAUGCGUUGUCUUAUCGCCAGCAAAGUGGGUUCAAACACUUCCUGGUUGAUGCUUCGGGGGAUUUCUACAGCUUCUUGGGGGUAGAUCCAAACCGACAUGCAACACUGACAGAUCUUAUUGAUUUUCACAAGGAAGAAAUCAUCACAUCCUCAGGUGGGGAGCUACUGCUGGAGCCAUGUGGACAGCAGAAGAAUCCACCAGACUACCGCCCCUUAUUUGAAUAACUGACCCAGGACUAACAGGAAUGAAUUCUGGAUAGCUGUAGUAAUAGAUAGCUACAAAAGUAAACACUGAAGAGUAGUUAACAAACUUCCAAAGCCACUGGUCUUGUGGCCAAAAAGUAUUCUCAUUAGAAGGCCCAAAAUAUUUCUGUUUUGCAUCUGAAUUAUCAUCAUUAUUCAUAUUGCUAACAUAUUAAAGGUGAGAAACUACUGGCAAAUUACAAAUGAGGACUAUUCCCAGGAAUUUUUCAAGGGAUUGUGGCCAAUUGCACUGAACACUAAGUUCCUCACUUUAUUUUCUUAAUGUCUGAGAUUGAAAAUGCAAAAAGCCUCAAGAAGUAUGGGCAGGAACUAUUCAUAGAUUAUUGUAUGAAGUACCAAUAUUGGUGAACAUACUCUUUUUUCCAAAGCAAGGUUUGUCAGUUUCUGUUGACAAUCUAGUUACUCAGUGGUGGACUUUUGAUAACCAGAGGAGCAGUCUUAAAACAUCCUUUUGCAGUUUGUGAUUGCUGAAAUGGUUAGGUGUAGCUGGAAACUUGCCGUUGUGCUUUGGAAUUCAGGCCUACAAAGUUCACCACAGCAGAGACAGAAUGAGGUCAUUAAUAUUUUAUUUACAAUUUCAUGCAGUCCCACAGCCUUGGAAAGAAUUUUACUCCUGUACAGAAAGUGGUCAGUUUAUUCUAAACUAGUUAUUCUAAUGAAAGCACUUUGAUUUGCAAUAAUAACAACUCUCACUGGCCUUGUCAUGUUUUCUGCUUUCUGAUGUGCAAGAUACAUGCUGGAGAUUUCUAGCUUUACUUUGCUAUGGGACCAGGUAUUUUCCUUAGCUGAUCUAGGGAUGAAGGUGGGGUUGGUAUAUUUAUCCACAGAAAAGGUACAACUAAUUACAUGAUCAUCAUGCUAUUUCAUGUUUAAAAAAAGAUGCACACAAUGUGUUCUUGAUCCAUUUGUUAUAUAUAACAUGAAAAUAGACCUGUAGCCUAGAUCUAUGGAGCAGUUGCUUAGUGUUUGGACUAUAAAAAAAAAAAAAUAAUCUCAUCACAGUAGUUAAUUUGCCCUCCUGAAAUUUGUGUCUUAGCAGUCCUUGUGCUCUGGGCUGUCACACGGUAUAGAUGUGGUCUUGUGUUGUUUCACUGGUCAGCUGGAUACUACUGAGGCAGCCAGUUCAGGAAAUGGAGUGAAAUGAGUUGGAGAACUGUUACUAUUACCUUCCUCUGCUCCUUGCUCUAUUCUCGUGAAUGGCCAGAUAGAAACUGCUGGGUAUAGAAGUGUUCUUUUCAGCUCCAAACAUUCAUUCUGCAGGGCAAUAUUUCAAAUAACUGGGUUGUGACACUUUUAUAUGCAACUGAUUUUUUUCAAGAGUGAGGUGGGACAUGAGGGAAGUAGCUGCGUACCUAUUGGUUAGCCUGAUAGUCAUGCCUUUAAUAGGCAGUUUCUCAGUACUUUUCCUUAUGUGAUAUGUAUUUUGAGAUGUAAAGUGGGUUGUUCUGUAUGUGUUACUGUACCUCCAUGGUGAAUUUUUUCCUGGAAAUCUCUGAACACAUAGGGAAGGCACACUGAGUAUACUUCUAUAUGCUACUGCUUUGGGCAGUCUCUGAAUUCCUAUGUGUUUCUCUUCCAAAUCCCAGUGUAGACUUCCCUCCCAACCCCCAUGUAAAUCCAGCUCUCCUCAAAUAGUCAUUUCUCUUGACUCACUGUUACCUUCUGUACUUUGUCUGACCUAGAUGGUAAGCUCAUCUAGGAAAGAAAUUUGUCUUGUCCAAGCUUAUAAAGCACACUAUACAUUUAAGGUGCUACAAUAAUAAUAAAUACCUAUGGUAAUAAUAGCAACAAUUUUUUCAUAAUUAAUUCUACAGUUAGCCCAUAUUAAAGUACAGAUUUUUGCACACAAACUUCAUUGUUGUGCAGGAAAAUUUUCUUUUGUUAACUUUGCUUUUUGUGUGAUUUAAUCCAUCAAUGUUUGUGACCCUUGAAAAGAAAGUUCUAAUGAACUUUCCACAGAGACUUAGCUGGACAGUUUCUGUAUUAAUCACUUGGGACACUGGCUCAGGAACUUUUAAAUAGUUACUGUUAGCACCUUAUAACAAAGCAAAUCAGGACACAGCAAAUAAGCAAUGCUUACUAGCUGGAGCAGCUGUUCUUAGUGCACAGUGGUCAGAUAAGAUGACAGCUGGGCUUUUCACAGCAAGUAGGCUUACAGAGGUAGGACAUCUUUAGCUAUGUGUCUGAUACCCUGAGAAACAAAGUGGCUUGGCAGCUAGAUAAAGGGUCAAGAUACACAAGUGGUCUUGGAAUUUUGUUGAAGUGUGGUCCUUUGCAGGUCACCAGGGGCUGGAUUCUCAAAAUGAAAUACAGCUCUACAAUUCUGAACAUAGUAACACUUAUGUAGGCCUCUAGUAGGAUCUGUAGUCUCCAUUAAAUGAGAAGCCUGGUAUGUGUGAUCCGGGAUCAGAAUACACCUGGUACAGGUAUAUACAGACAUUGAAUCCAGCUACCAGAACGUGGAGCUCAGCACAGGGUAAUUCACUGCGCUUCAAAUAUGGAGUCUGUAAAAUAAUCACAGAAUAAGUUGCUUUUUUCCAAUAGAUCAUUCAAUAGUGCAAUUUACCUCCCCCAAAGAGUUCCAGUAUCUACUAGCUGCUUCCUCUGAGAAACUAGCUCUGCACUUGCUGCCUCUAUAUAGACAUCUCAAGAACCACCUCAGCCUCAGGUUAUUCACAGCUGCACAUGUUCAAUCACAGAACAUCUGGACCCCUACUUUAAAGGAGAAUGGAAAGGGACCUUUUAAAGUUAAAAAAUGUGGGUAUCCAUAGACUUACCUCUGAGGCCAGAGAGCAGCAGCUGGGUGCGUGGGACUGAGGGUCUAAAGGUGGUACUGAGUAAUUAAGGUGGUAUUUAAACACCUAGACAUCUUUGCAGACUGGUGUUUUGCCUUUAUGAACUGUAAACAAACAAAAGGCAUAAAAUGCUGCCUUCUCUUUGGAAAAGGUGCUAGGCAUGCUAGAAAAGAAGGCGUGCAAUUUCCAAAGUUUUUGGAAGAUUACUUAACCCAUUGUACACAAUUUUGGGAAUGUUUAUAGACAGAAUAUUGAAGAACUUGUUCUAUAAGGAAUUCACAUUCAGAGACUGAUAAUAAUACAGCUAUUUAUUUCUAGUGACACAAUUCCCAGCAACUCCUUGCAUUUUGUUUAGCUGAUAAGAAGGCUUUGAAAUAUUAGCUCUUUAGCUUAUGUGUCCUCUUGUGAUGUAAUUAACAUCACAACAGCAUCAUCGUUUUCACUUUGGAGCACAUUUCCUACUUUUAAUUUUCUAAAUUUUUCUGUCUGAAUUCCAUCCAUUUCUCAUUCUAGGUUUUACCUGGCUUUAAAAUAAAUCCCUUGUAAGUUCCCCUGCAAAUGAAAUUACUUGGAAAACUGCAACUUAUCUGAGAGUUUUAUUAUGCUAAUAAAUGUCAGAAUUCUCAAGUAAAGGAAUUGCUUUUUUUUUUUCCAUAGCCCCACAGAAAUAAUGAAAAAUAGCCAGCCAAUUCAUAGAGUUACCAGGAAAGAAAAACUCAGCAAUACAUAACCAGAAGCAGCAGCAAUAAAAUACAGUGCAACUUAACUGAAGAUAAAUUUUGAAGGAAAUAAAAGGAGAUCAUAGCAAGCAGAAAUUAAGAAGAACGGAAGCUUUCCUUGGUAGAGAUGUGCAGCUGCUGCAAAUACACUUGAGGGCUGUGAGUGAAGUACAAGCGCGGAGAUGUUUUCUAAGCUAACAAAUGCUUCUUGUUGCCUUCCAGAAAAUAAGUGGACUAUGAAAAGGUAGCCAGUUAGCAGGAAGAAUAGAAGGGAAAGCAGUGAUGGAGUAAAUAUGGAAAAUUAAGAAAAUAAGGGGAAAAUGUGCUUAUCCCAUUGUUUUGAAAGCAUUUUGGACUUUUGUUACUCUGGGAGGAGGACUGGGCACUGCUACCUCCCUUUUGCUCUGCAAGUCUUCAAGAUUUCAGCUUUGAACUAAAUCUACCUUGGAGCUAGAUUUUACAUCCUCAGUCUGUAAGAGUUGGGCUGGUCCAUACUGCAGCCUUGAAUGCUGCAUCUGCUUCACACUGUCUGCCUCUACAUUUAGUGCUGUCUGAAGCUGUUCAUCACUGUGUACAAAAUCUUUUUAGUGCUGCAGUUUCAUUGUCUGGAAUGGCUAGCUUUAUUCUAUUACACAGCGACCUUCAAGUCUUGCUUUCUGGUCUGUUUUUCUAGUGGUAGCUACUGUUAAGUCAUAAGAGGUGCGUGUUAUGGAUUUUCAUUAUAACAUUUCCUGUCAAUGUAUCUUGUCAAUGAGGCCACUGGGAAUACACUGAGAGACCUAUUAUGGUAAUUCUGUUCCAUAAGGAAAAAUGCUACAGCAAUAAGGAAAACUUUUAAACUUCUAAAUGAAUUGAACUUUUCUUCAUAUCUGUUUCACAGCAAUAAAAUAUGGCACAAAAGGUCCCAAGCUUGUUUGCAAGUAUCUUUGAAAAAGUAGCUCUUGAUUUAUUCUUGCUUGAUCCACAGAUGCAUCCGUUCUUUCUAAUUUUGUUUUAAUCUGUUAUUGUACAUAGACAUCUCCAAUUUAAUACUGCUCUCUUUAAAAGAGAACAAAAACCAGGCAAAGAAAUUGACAGCAAUCGUGGAUGAGAUUUUCAAAGCCAGUCUAUUACCUCUUAUAAUUACUGUAAUGAAAUAAUUAUGUAGUAUGAGUAUUUAGAUAUUAGUUUUAUAAAAGAAUAUUCCAGGGCAACUAUUAAGUACUAAAUCCCUAUUGUACUGAACAAGUACUGAGCAAAAGAAGAUAGCUCCUGCCUCAAGAAAGAGAUACCUAAAAAUUUUAGUUAGAUUAUUUUCAGACUGACUGUGUAGAAACUGUUUCCAAAGACCACAUUCAGAGUGAGAAUUUCCACUAGAUUUCAAUGACUUUGAAUCAAAUUAAUAAAACCUAUUUCUUUGCUGAGGUGAGCCAAGAUUAAUAUACUGACUACAAUGAACAAUUCAGUUUUGUGCAAACUAGGGAUCCACUUCUGCUCAUUCUUCUCCUGAGUCCCCACAGACCUGAAUAUAGAGCGUUAAUGGAGUUACACCACAUUUCACUGCAGUCUAAACUCCUCUCUUUACUAAUGCCACAACACAAACCUGGUCUCAGGUGAAAUGUGGUAGUUCACAGUGGGAGAAAUUUUUUUCUUCCUUUGUGUGAAUAAAUUCGUUUGCAUAAUUUACAGACUGGAGUUUAUUUUUCAAUUAUUUUCAAGGACUGACUUUCUUUUCUGUUUUAUUAUGUGUUUGCUUUAAGAUUCCUUUUUCCCUUCCCAAGAGCAUAGGGUUAGUGACCUCUGUGAAGUAAUAAUGUGUCCCUGGCUGGGCUAUCAAUUGCAGAAUGAGGUGUUUGCACUUGACCAAAUGUUUGCUUUGUGUUUCCUGAGAUGAAUCUUCUGGAUACAUACUUACUGUCUGAUGAUAAUGAUGCGUAAUUGAUUUUUAUAGCUAAUUUUCUUGCCAUGCAAGUGCUGUGUGAAACCUUCUCUUCAAAUAUUUGUUUACUGCUAGUGAUUAGUCCUGUAGCUUGUAUAUUUACAUUAUGACCCAUAGCUAAUGCAAAUUUUCUACCAGGCUGGAGCCUUCAAUGAAUUUGGUUUCUUCUUGCUUGGAAUUUCUUCCAGUAGUUUUAAAUGAAGGUAACAUCAUUUUAUGGUAUCUUUAUUAAACAUCAAUAAGUGAUUUUUUUUCUUACGGAGGAGAAAUAGCUUCAAAAGAGAUUGGACAUUUAGUUUGGUCCUAAUUGUGUUAGUUUGAUCUAUGUGCAAAGAAAACACUUAGCAUGUUAAUGUCUUCUUUAAAGUUUAGCUGCCAUUUCUCCCCUGUUCUCAGUUUUAAUGAGAACUGUAUGUGGGAGAAGGUCAUACGCUCACGAGCAGUGGAGAGAAAAGAGAGGAAGUAGGACUGUCUUAUUCCGUAUAAUUUUACAUAUAACAGCAGGCAAAAUCUUGAAUCAAGUAUUUCCUGAGAUGCACUAUUUUUUCUGCUUAGCAUUCAGAGGAUCUAGCCUGAGACGUAUCGUCACUACUUUUCCCUUACAUAAGAGCAACAGGAAGGUAUUCAUACUGGGUGUGAAAAGGGCCCAAAUGGAAUUGAAUGAGUAACAUUACAGUGCCCCAGGAAUGGUACAGAAGUAGUGCAGGUCAAGAACAUGGUAAAGACAUAUUUUGUAUAUAGGUGUGUAGAACUAGGAGUGCUUGCAAAUUCUUGUUUGUUAGAAGUUAAUUCUUUUAAUUAUAUGAUUGUCAUUAAUGGUCAAUGCAGGGGAAGAUAUGGCCAAUCUUAAUGAACUUCCUAUUCCACAAAUUCAUAGAACAUAGAUUGCCUCUGAGGAGAAUCAGAAAUACUUGUCUUAGACAAGAGUUAAUAUGCAUUACUGUAUGAUAUUUGGGGCAGAGAAUUUUAAAGUGUGUUAUGCAUCACUAUCAGGAUAGGAGAAUGUACCAGCUAAACACUGCUUUCCACAUAAAGCAUAAUGAACUUCUCAAUGUAGUUUUUAUAGCACUUAAAAAGUCAAUGAAGAAUAAAGCUAUCCCCAGUUAUACUCCUCUCCUGUAGGAAAUGCUGUCACUACAGUAAACAAGAAAAUGUUUUCUCAUCUAGGAGUUUAAGAUUAAUAAUGGACUUAAAUAUUACAGCAAAUAAUUUCGCAGAGCUGUACACUGAACACUGCACUCCAAUUAGUAGAAUAGCCUGUUGCACUUACAUUUGUUCUUGGUUCUCAAACUCGUCUUGCUUGUGAUAGACUGAUGCUAAAGAGAAGUAAGUUUUUAGUAAGUCAUUCAAAUCCAACUUUAUGGAAAAUGUAUUAAGGUAUAUGUUUCAUUAUCAUUUUUAUCAUUAACAGUUUCUCUCAGGGAAUCCCAGAAAAUAAAAAAAAAAUUCUAAGAGCAAUGACUAAAUGCAUACAGCUCUGGUCUGACUGCUAGACAAUAUUUUGUUAUGUUUUAUGGGCUGUACUCACAGCAUGCUGGUUCAUUCAUUUUGAAUUUCAGUACCCUAUGUGCUACAUUGGAACCUAUCUACAUUUUUUUAAUAACAAAACAGUAAAGAGCAGUGCAUGUGAGCAAACUGUUCUAUGGGAUGAAAAUGUUCACCAAAUUCCAAUGCUGAGGCCCCACAACAUCCACUGGAGUUCAUGUGGCAAUCCCUAGUUGAUAAAUAUGAGAAUUUUUUUAUAAGGAUUGCCUGUCAGAAUCACUUUUCCCUUCCCCCAGAAAGAAAUUGAGAUACUCUAAAAUCUUCCAUUGACACUUUUUAAUGGAGAAACAUUCUGUUUUCAAAAUGCAAAGCUUCGUGAAAUUGUUCCUAUUUUUUAGAGUAAAAAAGAUUAAAAGUAUCUAAAGGCAUUUUUAAUUGCAGAAAAUAUGAAAAGUAUGCACAAAUUUAACACCCAAAAAAUCUGGGUUUUAUUCAGCCCUAAAAGAAAAUGUGCUGCAUUAGCCUCCAAAGUCAAUACAGAUAUUCAAUGUUUUUGACAUUUCAUUAGGUAUCCAUUCUCUUCUUUAAUGCUAGUUUCCUUUUAAGGGAGAAUGGAAAUACACAGGGAACAGUUAUUCAAAAUGUCAAGCCCAUUAAAUAUCUGGUUUGACAACUGAAAUAAAUUUAUGAAGGUUUAAAUAAGACCCCAGGUAAUGUUUUCUCCGGAAAAAAAAUCAAGCUAGUGAGGUGGGUGAGUUCAGAAAGAAGAACUGAUGUAUAUUGCUCAGAAUUUUGUGUAUUUUGUAUUAUAUGCUAGGAUCCUUACAGUAUGAUUUCCAUUUAAACACUACUAAAAAGUGUGAGCACUGAAAAAUAAUUAAUUUAAAUUGAAUAAUAAAUAACAUAAUGGAAAUUGUCUGCUAUUCCAGUUUCUCUGAAAAAGGCUAAUCCUAUCAACCCUAUGGUUAUGUGAAAGACUAAGCCUAUUCAUGAACUUUUGCAGGAAAAAGGAUCUAAUUUUCCAAGUCAUCAUUGGGACUAAUCACAACACAAAUCUCCUCCUGGUUGAAGGUCUUUGAUUAAGAAAUACAAAGUUCUGACUACACAUUCAAAUACUAAAUGGAAACAUUUGCAAUGAACCAGUUGCAUGCAAAUGCAAACCAUCCCACAGAAUAGCCAUUGUCAUGUAGCAAAAAUGAAUAGCUUGGACUUCAGUUGUUCACCUCAAGUGGGACUAGAAAUGUUGACUUAAUCCAGAGAUCCAGGUCAGUGUGGUACCAGCUCCUCUGUCAAAGAUCACUGGUUAUUUGAGGAGACAUGAGGUCAGGAGAGAGUGUGAAAACUUUUGAAACCUUGAAAUAUUUCCGUGAUAGGAAAAAAAUUCUUCCCCACCCUAGGUAAGAGUCAGUUUGCAAAGGAAAAAGAGGAGGCUUUGUGAAACUGUUGCAGACAUCUUUUUUCCUGUUGGUGCGUAGAUGUUUAGACAAUUUGUUGAAGUCAACGAGAAGUAAGUGGGGAAUAAGGAUUUCACAGCCGGGUCAUUUUUUAUUCAUUCUGUUCUACAGCACCGCACAUACAGUCAUGAAGUGCUAACCCAUCUGUUCUCGGAAGUUGUUCAAAUCCAAUGGACUAAAAAUAUUCUGUCUGCCAAGGAGACAGUCAAGGUGAUUUGAAAAGGCUUGGAUGCUUUUACUUUGGGCCACAGUCUGCAGAUAAAUUAAGAGGCAUCAGGGCUUUUUUUUUGUUCCCUCUCCUCCUCACCCAGACCUAUUAAUAAUGAACCAAAUUCACAACAACCAAGGAGAAACCUGCCUGCUGGCUAAUAUUCUGUUUGUAAUACUGUGUCUGCACCUGCCCAUGGUGCUAAAAUUCAUUUCGAGUUACACUUUAGUAAUUGAUGAUCACUUGCCAUAUCCCUUUAUAAAGCUUUUUUAUCAAUGUCUUUGGUGGUUCAUUUUGUAUCAGCAGCAGAUCAAUGAAAUUUUAAUGGAACGGAGUGCUCUACUUGAGACUGAAUUAAUGUUGCUUUACCUGUUUCAAUAUCAAGUGAAGUUUUCAAUGACGAGAAGGAUAAUAGUUUUUCAGAUUUUUUUCUUCGAUAACUUUGUUUCUGCACAAUGGUGGCAUCCUUGUGAUCAGCUCUAAUAAAGAUUAAAUGCAUUAAUGAA